UUGAUCCCAUAACUAUCUUUAGUUUUCUGGAUGCAAGAAGCCACCCCCUAUAAAUCGUAUUCGGCUUCAGUCUCCGGCAGCCGUUCGCCGCUUCAGGACUUCCUCCACGGUGGCGGGGGACUUGUCACAAAUUGUGGCGCCGGAAAUAGUAUGAAGAAACUGGUGGAGGAGAAUGCUGUGGUGGUUUUCGGUAGACGUGGCUGCUGCAUGUGCCAUGUGGUGAUGAGGUUGCUGCUAGGGCACGGUGUGAAUCCGGUGGUUUUGGAGGUAGACGAAGGGAAAGAAGAGGCGACGGCGGUCGACGAGUUGUCGAGAUUCGGCGCGGUUCAGCUGCCGGCUGUUUUCGUGGGAGGGAAGUUGUUUGGGGGAUUGGAUAGGGUAAUGUCUACUCAUAUCUCUGGUGAACUUGUGCCUAUUUUGAAAGAUGCUGGUGCUUUGUGGCUUUGAUUAUUUUCUUGUGAAUCUCCAUUUGCCUUUGUUAUUGUU